AUGUCAGGAAGAGGAAAAGGAGGGAAGGGAUUAGGAAAGGGAGGAGCAAAGAGGCACAGGAAGGUAUUGAGAGAUAACAUUCAAGAGACUCGUGGUGUUCUUAAGAUCUUCUUAGAGAAUGUCAUUCGUGAUGCUGUUACUUACACUGAGCAUGCUAGAAGAAAGACUGUUACUGCCAUGGAUGUUGUCUAUGCUCUUAAGGGACAAGGAAGAACCCUCUAUGGAUUUGGGGGUUAG